CGCUCGCUAAUCUUUAGUGUGAGCACAGACAGAAAGAGUCUGCUGAGUGUGCCUUCUGAAACAAGCCCUUAUUACUGUAUGAGGAGGACUCCACUUUUUCUGGGGCUUUUGCGGAUCAUUUUUUUAACCAUGGCUAUACAACCUUCCUGCAGUCGUCUUUAUGGAAUACACUCUGUAUUUUAGGAUGAUCAUGCUGAUGGUUUUUGAAUAAAGGGAAUGGAUGGCACCCUGUGUAGCUACCAUGGACACUGAGGAAACUCAUGGUGUUUUGUCAAGCAGACUUCCAACAGUGGGCACGGCCGUGCAGGAAAUACCCUCAGCUGCAUCUUCGGAGGACGUGCAAUCGGCUCACUGUGUGCAGGAAGUACCAGACUGUGGAACUCCUAUCCAGUCAGCUGUUACAAGCCUCAGCACAUAUAGUCUUUGCAAUGAGGAGCCCUUCUGUAGGAUUUGCCACGAAGGCAGUAACAAUGGGGAUCUCCUGUCUCCAUGCGAGUGCUCUGGUAGUCUGGCGAUGGUGCACAGGAGUUGUUUGGAGCACUGGCUGACAGCCUCAAACACAAGUCACUGUGAACUGUGUCGCUUUGAAUUUGCCAUGGAACGCCUGCCAAAGCCACUCAGUGAGUGGCUGGAGAGUCCGGCUAUGCUGCACCAGAGAAGAACACUGUGUGGAGAUGCCAUCUGCUUGAUGUUCAUAACUCCAUUAGCAAGUCUCUCAGGCUGGCUCUGUGUCCAAGGGGCAAUGGACCUUUACUACAGCAACAGUAUGGAAGCUAUUGGACUUAUCGUUCUGACUCUUGCACUAUUCACCAUCUACCUGUUCUGGACAAUUGUCUCUCUACGCUAUCACAUUCAUCUCUUCAGUAAGUGGAAAAAGACCAAUCAAAAUGUUCGGCUCCUAAUUCCACAACCAGCAAUAUUACCCUGCAGUCAGCAACACCCGCUCCUUGUUGAAAACUCAAGCAAAGACAAAACGAAGGAGACCGUGGUUUAGCGGGAUCUGUUUUUCUCUCCAGGGAGAAUUUACAGAAUUGGAACUCUCUGUGUGUUCCACUCCAGUCUGCUCAAUUCUGAAAACACGGAACUGUAAUUAUUUGUCAUUAUUAUUAUUAUUAUUAUUUUUAAAAGUUUGGAAGCUUCCAGUUUUGUUAUCUUCUGAAUUAUAUUGUUUUCUUACAUUUCAAAACAUUCACAUCAAAGACCUUGGAAAUUUUAGAUAUAAAAGCAGUCAGCUGGGGAGACUUAAAACCAUAUUAUGGAAUGUCAUGAAAAGAAGUUGAAAAAUUAAAAAAAAUAAGCGAGUAGUGCUUGGUUGUGCAAUUGAGAUCAUUCAAAGCUGCUGAUUUUUGGUGCAACCCUUGACAAUUAUCUGUAACUGUUCAGUUAUUAUGGGGAUCUGAUAACUCAUUUUUUUGGAGGUGGAGGAGACAGAAUCUGAAUAUCAUCCCAUUUAAUUGGAAUCAUCAAAAAGAUAUUAGUGUCAGGCUUGUACUGUAAUAAGAGUGCUGGCCACUCACUCACUAACCAAACAUACCAUGUAAUACUUGGCAGGCCAUGAGAGGUGACUCAAAAUGCUACAUUUUAUUCCAGAUACCAGUGGGUUUGAGAAAUCUGUAGUUAAAAGCACAUUUUACAUUUAGGCAUUUCAACAAAUCAAGAAGUACAGAACCCGGACAAUGUAUUUUCUUCAAUAAAAAAAGGCUUUAUUUAAAGUAAUACAAAAUAAUGUCUAUAUUUUGGUACAGUAUGCAAGUUUAAUGAUCAAAUGACCGAAGACACGUAUGGGAUUUCCCACACAAAGGCAAUAUUCAACGUUAGAGUAGAGCGUCUGCGUGCCGACAGUAUCACGUCUCCAUUUUCCUUAACUUUCACAUUUUCAGCAUUCCCACACAACUGAUGCAAUUUAAAUGUGUAGGUGCAGCCAGUGUAAUUGCAGUGCUAAAGGGACCAAAAUGAAGCAAUAUAUUUGUGACACAAGAUAAUGCCAUUUACAAUAAGGCCAUUAACUCGCUGUGGUAUAUAUGACUUCACAAUAAAUGACUUGCAGUUACAUCAUAUUCAGUGUCCUACAAGUUUUGUACACCAGAAAAAAACAACAA